AUGUCCAAGCAGAUCCUCACCAUCUUUGGCGCCACUGGCAAGCAGGGCGGCUCUGUCGUUAACAGCAUCCUUGCCGAUUCUGCUGCGUCUAGCAAGUUCGCGCUUCGCGGCGUCACGCGCGACGUAUCGAAAGAUAGUGCUAAGGCGCUGGCUGCGCGGGGCGUUGAGGUCGUCGCUGCUGAUCUCAACGACAAGGACUCGUUGCGCAAGGCCAUCAAGGGCGCUUACGGCGUCUACGCGGUCACCAAUUUCUGGGACAGCAUGAGCGAGGACAAGGAGAUUACGCAGGGCAAGAACAUUGCUGACGAAGAGAACGUCCAGCACCUCGUCUGGAGCAGCCUGCUCAACGUCACUAAGCUCACGAACGGCGUACUCUCCGAAAUCCACCACUUCGACAGCAAGGCCAAGGUCGAGGACUACAUCCGCGAGCUCGGCAUCCCCGCCACCUUUUUCCUGCCCGGUUUCUAUAUGGACAACAUUCCCAGCAUGAAUCUUCACCCGUCGCCCGAGGGCAAGUGGACACUCGCCAUGCCCAUGCCCGCCGACGCGCCCAUCCCGCUCUUCGCCACCGACCGCGACACGGGCAAGUUCGUCAAGGCGAUCUUCCUCAAACGGGAGGCGACGCUCGGCAAGCGCGUGCUGGGCGCGACUGCGUAUAUCACGCCGCUCGAGAUCCUCGAGGGGUUCAAGAAGGUGUACCCGGAGGCUGGGAAGGACGCGACGUUCGUGAGCGUGCCGAAUGACGCAUUCAAGGCGCAGCUGGGACAGUUUGGCAUGCCGCCGGCUGCGCAGGAGGAACUGUUGCAGAACAUGCGCCUUGUGUACGAGUUCGGAUACUAUGGCGGCGAGAAGUUGGACUGGAGCCGGUCGCUCGUCGACGAGCCGCUCACAACGUGGGAGGAGUUCAUCAAGGGAAACCCUGCGUUCUCGAAGGCGCAGUGA